AUGGAUGCACGCUACAGGAAAAUGGCACAGUUGUUGGACAAUGAUGAAGUUUUGGAAAAAGUUGGGGUAACAACAAAGUCCAGUCCACAGGGUGAUCAUCCACCAUGGCAAGAUUUUACUAAGUCUCAUCUAGAACCAGAUAAUGGAUUGCUGAGAAUACAGCUGAAGAAAAUGCAGUCUGAAAAGGUGCAAACCACAGAAGAAUGGCUUAGAAACUACAGUUUAGAAUCUUUGCAGUUGACAUUAGAACAUCUGAUAAGUGAAGGCAGUCUGAUUUUGAAUUCAAGAAACAAUGCUGAAGAGAUAGAGUUCACAGAAGAAACCGUUACUGAUUUUGAGUCCAGACUUUCUGAAGUGAUUGAACUUUAUCAGCAGCGAAUUCAGUGGCUGUUGCAGGACAGCAGAAAGGUGUUUGGCCUUAUAGAAGGAAGCAAAGUUGGACUUGUAGUUGAUGUGUCUCAUACAAGUUACGGACCUAGCCUACGAGAUUUUCAAUUGGCUGGAUUGCAUUGUCUCUGUACUACCUCCCCAAUAUAUGAAUCUUGCUUAAUAGAUGAACAGCUAUGUUAUAAGAAGCAAUUGUACUGCCUCUCAUUUGGGACAGAAAUCUCACUUCUGUGGGAAAGUCCAAAAAACAUCAGUGUUCACAUGCUACAUGAAGCAAGACAGUGGAUACGACAGCUGGAGCCUGCUCAAGGUUGCAAUUUGCUGAAAGCCUUAAAACACAUUCUAACAGUGAAAGAACUGAAUUCUCUGGUUCUUGUUGUAGGAAGCUGCCCUGAUCAGUCUUUGGAAAUAUUGUCUGACUACACUCAGCAGUGUAUGCUGGGGAGAAAAUUGCAGACUCAUGCGAUUAUAUAUGAUUGCAGCAAUCCUUCUUCUGUUACAGUUCUGAAGAACCUCACAGAAGCUCUAAGAGGCCGUUAUCAUUGCUACUCUUCAAAGGGAGAGAAUUUUGAUAGUAGUGAUAUCCAUCUUCUACUUCAGGAAUCCCAGAAGGCAAAGGAAUUACUCAGAAGCAUCAAAGAGACUUUCCAAAGAGGAAUUCAUGGCUCACUUAUAAGUAGAAUAGCAGAUAUUUCCACAGAAUUUGCAAAAACUGCACCUUCCAUCUUCUUAACAAAGCCUCCAAAGCACGAAGGACCGUUAGUUAUUCAAACACCAUGUGUCCUGGCCGAAACCUCAGCAGACUGGUUGAAGACAAAUGGAUUGAAGGCUAAAAAAUUAAACCUUUAUCAAGUUUUGGCUCCCAAUGCCUUCUCUCCUGUGGAAGAAUUUGUACCUAUUCUUAAAAAAACAGUAUCAUCAACUCUACAUGAGAAAGCAAUGCUGCAGUUGGAAUGGUAUGAUGGAACUGUGAAAAAUAUCCAUGUUGACCUGCCAUUGUUAUACAACUAUCACAAACUCCUUGCUAAAAUGGUAAGAAUCUAUGAGAAACGAAUUGACUGGCUAUCUGUUGCUAGCAGAAGAAUAUGGGGAAGCGUUUGUGAAAAGAGGGUGGUUAUACUUGUUGAUAUAUCAUUGACAAACUCUAUGUACAUCGACCAUAUCCAACACUCUUUGCGACUUCUACUUGAGGAACAAAUGGCAAAUAAGGAUUACUUCAAUAUUAUAGCAUUUGGGAGUGACGUUGUGCCUUGGCAGCUGGAAAUGGUUCCUUCCCAACCAGAAAACUUACAAAAUGCUUGGAGGUGGGUGUUGAACUUGCAAUGCAAAGGGAGUAGAAAUUUCAUGAGUGCUCUCAGGAGAGCUGUGGAAGUAGACUUCAAAGACAGAGAUAGACACGAAUCACAAGGACUUUACCUGCUGACUACUGGAAUACCUGAUCAGGAAACACACACAGUCAGUGCUUAUGUGGCUGAGGUUUGCAGAGGUUUUGAUUUGCACCUUCAUGUCUGUCUGUUCAGCGUAAUGGAGAACACUGACUCCAGUAGGGUUCUGCCCGCGCGCUAUGCUGACCCAGCUGAAACUGCCACUGCUUUUAAAGAAAUAGCACAGGCAGCCAAUGGGAGAUUUCAUUGGUUUGGAGAAACAGGUAUUUUUGAAAGUGAUGAUAUCACUAUUAUUGUGUCUGAAAUGGAAAAGGCAAAAAGCUAUUCCCAAAAGUGUGCAUUCCUAGUGGAAUCCUUAAAGCAACGUUCAGUAAAUCAUUCUGUUAAUGCAUUUAUACAAGGAGACUCAAACGUGCUUAAGAAGAAAGAGAAAAGGAGGCCACAGAAGUUGCCAGCUCCUAAACCCACAGCUCUCAGUCUGGCUCGAACGUAUAUUAAAGACAAGUAUGGUGCUGAGAGAAAUGCUUCCGUAAGAGCACUGGCAUGGCGUCCUACGAGUGUCAAAGCAGAAAUUCCACCAGUACAAUCAAUAAAAGAAUGGCCUCAGACUGAGAGUAAAAGAAAGCAUAAACCAAGACAGCAGACAGAAUUUUCUGUGUCAGUAUUUUAUACUGAUAAAGGAAAAAAUGUGGGUACAGUAUACCGAAAGUAUCCAAAGAUAAUGUGUGUGAGAAAAUCUGUUCCCUCUGUUACAUUGCCAAAAAAAGAGGACAUCUGUUCAAGCAAAGAGUGGCUGGCCAAGUACAGUAUUAAAAAGCUUAAACUGGAAUUGCCCAGACUGCUGUUUGGUCCAAGCUAUACUCACCAAAAGAAAACUGUGGAGUCUCUGCACAAGAAAGUAUCAGCAAAAUACUGCACUAUCUUCCCUAGCGUAGAAAUCAACGGGGUUGUGAAACAUCUGCAGUUUCAAUCUAAAGAACUAGAAACCUACACAGAACAACUGAAGAAAGUGUUGCAGCGCUAUAUACGAAGAAUACAGUGGCUUCUGUCAGGAAGCCGAAGGUUGUUUGGUACCGUUUUAGAAGCAAAUGUCUGUGUUUUGAUUGAUACAUCUGGUUCCAUGGACCCAUAUUUGCCACAUAUCACAAAAGAACUUGCAUCUCUUAUCUGGGAACAGCUGAGAAAUAAUGAAGUCAGGUUUAACCUACUGAGAUUUGCAGAAAAUACAGAGAGCUGGAAGGAGUGUCUUGUAGAGGCAACUAAUGAAGCAUGUCAUGAUGCUGUACAGUGGGUGUCCAAAUUCCAUGCUCAUGGUAACACAUGCAUCCUUAAGGCUUUACAGAGGGCUCUCAGUUUCCAAGGUACAGAGGCACUGUAUGUAUUGACUGAUGGAAAACCAGACACCAGUUGCAGUCUGAUUUUGAAAGAAAUUGAAAAAUUGAGAAAGAAACAAGAUAUGAAAAUCCACACCAUUUCUUUUAGCUGUACAGACAGAGGAGCUAAUGAAUUUCUGAAGAAGCUUGCUUCCCAAACAGGGGGGCGCUACCAUUGUAGUUUUGGAGAUGUGGAUGGACAAUUAGCAGCACACAGAAUGUUGACAGAGGAGCUUGAUGAUGAAGAUGAUCCAGUUUUCCCAUGCUUUGAAGGAGAUGAUUUAAAAAAACUUACUCAAGAAGUAGCAAAAGGUAGAAGUUUCUUAAAGCAGGCAGAGCGUUUGAAGUUACUACUUCAGAAAUGGAAUAUAAACCAAAAGGACAAUUCUGGCUUUUAA